CAACUUCAACGGUGAGGAAGGUGCCGAUGGCUGGCCCCAGAGCGCGAAAAAGGCUCAAGAUAUGUGUCUUCUGGUACUGAUUUACCGGCUGGGUGUCCAGUGUCUGUCCUUCAAGACGGAAGCCAUUCAAGGGUCAAGAGCACAGGUCAUCGACGCAAGGUGACAGAUGUAACGCCAACCGUGGGCGAAUUAAUUGUAGGAUCUCGGAUCGCUUGUCGCAUCCUGAAUAGGAGCUGCAUGGUCAUCUUCGCAUCCGACGAGACGAUGGAGCAGCACAGUCAGGCUUCAAAGAAUGAGUUCGCAACGUCUCUCCUUCAGCAGACUCCUCUAUUCCGCUUGCGUCUGAUCAACAUCGAUCACGUGCUGUGCGACCCAACACCUUACGACCGAGCUACAUCAGCUUUCAAUCCGCCAGACCAGCCUCUGCUGCGCAAAGUGCCCGUGCUACGCAUCUUUGGUGCCACACCGCAGGGACAAAGAGUGUGCUGUCAUGUCCACGGCGUGUUUCCCUACACGUACAUCGAAUACACUGGCAGUCUUCGACCAGAUUUUGUCCUUUCCUACAUCUCGCGCCUCGGAAGGAGCCUGAACGCAUGCAUCUCAGCCUCCCUGCGCAAGCUGUCCACCACCUCUUCCCACAUCGCAUCCAUCCAUUUGGUGCAAGGCGUGCCUUUCUACGGCUACCAUGUCGCUCCGCACUACUUUCUCAAAAUCUCCUUUGUCGACCCCACCCACAACUUUCGCCUGGCCACGAUCCUUCAGAGCGGCAAGGUGCUCGGCACCAAGUUCCAGCCGUACGAGUGCCAUAUUCGGUAUCUACUCCAAUUCAUGCUCGACUACAACUUGUACGGUUGCGACUUUGUGGAUCUAGAGCAUGUCAAAUUCAGGCUGCCGGUUCCUGAAUCGGCAGGGAACAAUCUUGGCGCAGAUUUGUGGACGAAGGAGACCAUCGCGCCAUCACUUAUUCAGGACGACCUGUACCACCGCAUCUCAUUCUGCGCGCUCGAGAUCGACACCAAGGCUUCCUCCAUCUUAAAUCGACGCCUGCUGAAAGAACGACCGAUCCACUCAAAGAUACCCGAAGCGAGACCUUCCUCCAGUGCGCUUGCGCAAAAGCUAGUACCUUCAUUAACCGAUCUAUGGCAGGAAGAGCAAAAACGGCGGAAAAGGGAUGGACUGCCGCCUAGUAUCCCGGAGCCGGACUCGGUGGGAGAGAAGAGAAAGUACAAAUCAGGCGAAGCUCCUAGAUGGAUGGCGAGCGACAGGUUCGAUGCCUCGUUGAGCGAGAGGCUAGCUGUGGAUACAAAGAUCAGAGAGGAAAAAGGAUGGGACAGCAAAAUGUACGAAGGCGGCACCUCUUACGAUCGCUACAUUGUCAGUGCCUUCGAUUCUGUCGAACUCUUUCACCACAGUGAACACGAGUAUGAGCCAGAGCCUACGCAGAACCAGGCUGGACCAAAACAAGAAUUUGAGGGAUCGAUAGGCCCCCGAAUGUACGAUUUGGAAUUUACUCUAACACAGCGCCGCGCCACACAGCAGCAGGCACGUUCAAAUCCCGCUUCGUCGGUCUCUGGCAGUCCGACCAAAUUGGACUCCGUACCAAGCUCCCAGAGCGCAGAGGGCAACGAUGUCAUUCAUGCGGGUGGAAGCAGCCUCGACGACUUGUUGUCUGCAUCGCAGCACACUUCUACGAGCUUAGAUGAAGAUGUGGAUACCAGCUUCUUCCAGAGCAGCGCGUUCCAAGAGGCGAUGCGAGAGGUGGAGAAGGCAGCGAUUGGUGCCGAGAGGGGCGAAAAUCUUGGAGAUGAACACGAUCCGCUCGAUUUGAUGCCCAAAGAGCGCACUGCGGACGCAAGCAGGUCUGCACCCACUACGCCUUCGAGAGGAGGACGUUUUGUACCACGAACGCCCACUUCGCUUCGAAAGACGCCCACUUCGACCCAAUCGACGCCUGCGAAGAGACCCAGCGAUGCGUUUGUGACGCCUACGAAGACGAAGCAGCACAAACUGAGCGAAAGCAAAGCGUCUGAAACGUCUGUGACACGAGCACAAGCGCGUUCACCCGAUGCCGAGGAUGAGGCCACGCCAAAAAGGAGCGCCACGGAUCCUAUACAGCCAGGCAGUGGCGCUGACAAGAUGCGCCAGUAUCUGGGGAGCAGCCAGGAAUGGAGGGUCAGGCCGGAUAGCGACCUGAGUCAAAAUAGUCAUAGUCAGCUCUCAGAGACGGGCGAUGGACGUGACCGGAGUACUCGGAGGGAUCGAAUGAUCAGCAACCAAUCUGAUGGUAGUUCAGCCACAGAGGCAUCCAGAGGCGUGCGAUUUGCGGACUCGGCAAUGGAUUCCGCAGGGCCAAGCGUUCGUAUCUCGCAUCAGCGUGUGGAGUCGUCCAGCUCGACGGGUAAGAACACUGGAAGCUCGACCUCUGUGACGGAACCCAGCGCAUCGCACGACUCUCUCGCAUCCGCUUCAGAUCGCUCCGCCAAGCCUACGAAAGCUUGGCAGUACGGAGUGCCAGCUCCCCUCACUUCAGAGGUGGUCAACUCUUUCGGGUUCUUUGGAUUGCCAACGAUUGACUACCAGGAUCCGUACUACUCUAAUCCUGCCGACGUACCCAAAUCAGCUCGAGAGUACGCAGGAAGGAACUUCAAAUUCAGCAGCAAGACUGUCAAAUUUCUGCAACCUUUCUUUGCAGCACCGCCGGAUGAGAGCGACUCCGUGCUGAGCCCUACAAAGGCUGCUCGGGAUACAAGAGAAGCGCAAAAGGCGGCUCGGCAUGCUCGAGCGCUGAGUAAGCAUCAGUACCAGUGGACGUUCUGCGCUUCUCCACCACCUCGACAUCGUGUGCAGGAAUGGUGCGGGAAGCAUCGGCAGUCAUCUGCCGGUCUGCUAGCUGCGCCUACGACGCGCACCUCCAACUUGGCUCCCCCGCGGCAACAGGGCGGAAAAGCUACUCAAGCUGCCAACACCGGAUUCAAGCUCAGUCAGCGAAAGCCCACUGUGCUGGCUGAAGAGAAGCAACACAUGACCACGUUUGCUAUCGAAGUGCACAUCUGCACCAGAGGCUCGCUCAUGCCCGACCCACGCAAAGAUCCCAUCUCCGCCAUUGCCUACAGCUACCAAAACGAAGACGAGAAUUUAGAGGACACGGGUAGCAGACCGAACCUGCUCAGCGGACUGAUUCUGUGUACGCCGGACGAGGGUGCCGAAAAUGGCGCUGGUCUGCUCAAGCCGGAACGACUAGGUCUGGGGAGGCUCAAAGUUGACAUCGUUUCCAGCGAACUCGACCUUUUCAACAGUCUUAUCGAUCUGGUCAGGGCGCUAGACCCAGAGAUACUUGUAGGCUGGGAAAUUCACAACAGCUCGUGGGGCUAUGUCAUCGAACGAGCACUUCGAGAGCUGGAUUUUGAGCUCAUUGCUGAGCUAGGUAGGGUCAAUACCGGCUCGACUGGCAUCAAGGGCGACAAGUGGGGCUACACGCAAUCAUCAGCGAUGAGAGUGACGGGCAGACAUCUGCUGAACAUUUGGAGACUGAUGCGCGGCGAAUUGACUCUUGGCCAGUACACGUUUGAGAACGUCGUCUUUCAAUUGUUGAGAAGGCGAACGCCUAGAUUUGACCAUGCGACUUUAACAAAGUGGUAUAGGUCUGGCGUGCCGCACCUGGUCAGAAAGACGCUGCUGUACUGGAUGGACAGAGUGGAGACGGAUCUGGAAAUCCUGGAAAAUUCGGAGCUCAUUUUCCGCACAGCGGAAUUUGCUCGCAUAUACGGCGUGGACUUUUUUUCCGUCAUCAGCAGGGGUAGUCAAUUCAAGGUGGAGUCGGUCAUGCUUCGCAUUGCGAAGCCGGAAAACUUUAUCCUUCCUAGUCCGAGUCAGCAGCAGGUGGGAGAACAAAAUGCGGCGGAGGAUCUUCCUCUCGUGAUGGAACCUCAAAGCGCCUUUUAUAAAGGGCCGCUUGUAGUGCUAGACUUUCAAAGUCUUUAUCCUAGCAUCAUGAUAGCGUACAACAUCUGCUACUCGACGUGCUUGGGCAGAGUUAACAAGUUCAAAGACACUUGGAAGCUUGGCUUUACCGAGUAUGCACCACCCGACGGUCUGCUUUCGCUGCUGAUCGAGGAUUGCUUUGUGUCUCCUAAUGGACUGGUGUACGCCAAGCCACACUUGCGCAAGAGUCUACUUGCGAAGAUGCUGACCGAGAUCCUGGACACGCGCGUCAUGGUCAAAGGUAGUAUGAAGGGCUCCAAAGAUCGAGCAUUCAAGCGGCUCCAGAAUGCUCGGCAGCUGUCCCUCAAGCUCCUCGCCAAUGUGACUUAUGGCUACACAAGCGCCACAUUCUCUGGGCGCAUGCCAUGUGUCGAGGUAGCGGACAGCAUCGUGCAGUACGGCCGAGAAACCCUGGAGAGGGCCAUCACUACCAUUCAUGCAACGGCAGAAUGGGGUGCCCAGGUAGUGUAUGGGGACACGGACAGUCUGUUCAUAUACCUUCCUGGGCGCAGCAAGGACGAUGCAUUUCGUGUAGGAAACGCGAUGGCCGAGACCAUCUCUGCCGACAAUCCUGCUCCUGUCAAGCUCAAGUUUGAAAAGGUCUACCUGCCGUGUCUUCUCAUGGCAAAGAAACGCUAUGUUGGCUUCAUGUACGAGACGCCAAAUCAAGAAGAGCCUGCCUUCAACGCCAAGGGCAUCGAAACCGUCCGUCGGGAUGGCUUUCCAGCGCAGCAGAGAAUGGUCGAAGCUUGCAUUCGCAUCUUGUUCCGCACGCAGGAUCUGUCUCUCAUCAAAUCCUACUGCCAGAGACAGUGGAGAAAGAUCAUGGAAGGCCUGGUCCCCUUUCAAGACUUCAUCAUCGCGAAAGAGGUUCGGCUGGGCACAUACAGCGAGAAAGGCGUUCCGCCGCCUGGUGCGGCGAUCGCUACCAGGCGGCUCAUGAUGGACAGACGCAAUGAGCCCCAGCAUGCCGAGCGUGUUCCGUACAUUAUAAGCCAGGGUCAACCCAGAGCGAAGCUGAACGACCAAGCCGUUUCGCCUGAACAGAUGCUCGAGAAUCCCGCACUACGCAUCAACGCAACGUACUACAUUGAGCGUGGUCUGCUGCCUCCGUUGGAGAGAAUCUUCAACUUGAUGGGCGCCGACGUCUGGUCCUGGUACAGAGAGAUGCCAAGAGUGGUGCAGAGCAACAGCCUUCAUUUUGGACUUGCUGGGCCACCAUCUCCAGCAGAGUCGAAUGCCGUCAAAGGCAAGGAUGUGGGCCUCAAAGCGUCCUCGGACUUGCCAAUGGCUGGCAGAAUGACGCUGACGGAUCACUAUCGAUCUGAUCAUUGUCUCGUCUGCGGACACAAGACCGAGCAGGGCGUGUGCAUCGAUUGUCGUCAAUCACCUCGCGACGCGCUCUCCAUGCUCUUGACGGACGUAUCGCGCAGCACGUGCCGUCUGAUCAGCAUCAUGCGAGUAUGCGCUUCGUGCGCCUCUACCACUGGUCAAUCCUCCUCCUCCUCCUCCUCCUUCGCCGCAUCCCUCGACACGCCCGCACACCCACAAAGCAGCAGCAGCAGCAGGCACAAUUGCCACAAUCACAAUCACCCUCCUCCUCCUCCCUGCCUAUCCGUCGAUUGUCCGGUACUGUACGAGCGCGUCGGAGCUAAAAGAGACUUGGAUAGGGCUGCUAGGAUUCAACAAUACGUAGAGGUGAUGCUCGAACAGUGAAAGCUGUCCUAUUUUCCCACAACCCGCACAACCCCGCAAAUCCUAGCAGACCGAAUGUGUGUAUAGUAGUCGAAUCGCCUUUUGCAUUUCAUGCUGCUGCUGUCACAG